AUGAAAAUUGCAAUUUUGAUCUGCGCUCUCGUGAGUGUUGCAUUGGCAAAAGUAGAUUACACUGGUCAUCAAGUUUACCGUGCAUUUCCAAAUAGACUUCAACAUGAAAUAAUCAGAAGUUUUGGAGAAUCUGUUAAUUUCGACGUCUGGUCCGAUUAUCGCGGAGAAGGAGAUUUUAUUGACUUCAGAGUUUCGCCAGAUUGGAAGCCAAAAAUUGACGUCUUACUCGCAAGAAACAGAAUCCCACACGAGGUUUUCGUGGAAGAUCUUGAAGAGUCAUUUGCAAAUCGGGUAGAUCUGAAUGCACCAAGACUUGGACCUGCAGAUCCGCAAUUUUAUGAGAAAUACCAUACUUUUUCUGAGAUAUCCAACUGGAUUGAUGAGUUUGUAUCUAUGAACUCUGCCCUGGUAGGAGUCACCAACAUUGGGAAAAGCUAUGAAGGAAGAGAUAUACGUUCAGUAAAGGUUAGCACUGGAGCUGGUCGCCCAGCAUUUGUCAUAAAUUGUGGAUUGCACUCACGUGAAUGGGUUACUCCGGCAACAUGCAUGUAUGUAGCAAAUCAAUUGAUUCCCUCACAGUUGACAUCGUGGUAUGGCAUUGACGAUGCAGUCACAGACGUGCUGAAUAAAGUUGACAUAUAUUUCAUUCCUGUCUCUAAUCCUGAUGGUUAUGAAUAUACAUGGACUACAGAUAGAAUGUGGAGGAAAACAAGAUCUCCGGCGGCAAACAAUGGUUGCCUCACAGAUUGCAACGGAGUUGAUCCUAACAGAAACUGGGACAAUCACUGGGACGCUCCUGGAGGAUCGAGCACUAAUUGUUGCAGUGACACAUUUCGGGGACCAAAACCCUUCAGCGAGGUCGAGGUCAACAGCCAAAAGGAAUUUGUGAUGGGCAUUCCAAAUGUUAGAGCUUACAUUGAUGUUCAUGCUUACAGCCAAUAUUGGAUGUAUCCAUAUGGAUGGUCGGAAACUCCAGCGAAGGACGCAGCUACACUGGCACAAGUUGGACAAGACAGCAUAGAUGCCAUCCGAGCUGUUCACGGCAAAAGAUAUGAGACCGGAUCUAUCGCCGAUGUUAUUUAUGUGGCGACUGGAAGCAGUGCAGAUUACUUCUAUGACGUGGGAAUCACAUGCUCAUUCGCAGCAGAACUUCGAGAUCAAGGACGUUACGGAUUCACCCUUCCAGAAGCACAAAUUGUACCGACUGGUGAAGAAGCGUUUGCAGGCCUGAUGGUAAUGGCACAAGCGGUUGCCGAUGGAACGUGUUAAAAAUCACUGAUUCAAUAUUGUAACUCUUCGCUGGAAUGUUUAUUAAUUUAUAAUUAUUUUUAGCUUAAAAUCAAGAAUAGCUUACUUCGGGGAGAACUAUAUACCAUAUUGUUUGUUUAUUUAUUGCUUAAGCUGUUAGCAUCGAAAAAUUCUCCAUAAUAUACCUUGGAUCUGUAUUUAUGAUGGCAUUACAUUAGGCAGAAAUAAAUGAUUACUUAUAUCCUCUUCAAAAGAUUCUUUGAUGUCUUGAUUUUGACUUACAAUAAAACAAAAUUUGAAAUAAUUUGGUGU